GAGGUGGGCGAGGCCAGCGUGGGGGAGAGAGAGAGCAGCUUCUCUGCUGUCUCUAUUUGCCUCUUGAAGGAGGGGGAGGAAGAGAGCAAGAGGAGAGGGAUACUGGGCACUGCUGGAAAUCCUGGGCCUCUGAGUGGGCUCUGUUUUUGGAGCAGGAUAUGUAUAUUCAAAGGAAGAUGCAAUGCAGCAGAAGGCUCCUGGUGACUUUGCUUGUGUGAAACCAAGCAACAAUGACAUUGGUGCCUGCAGAGCAUGGGCAAUGUGGCAGCAUCUUACGUGAGUGAAAGAGAGAGGAAAGGAUCAUGUGGCCCACUUACUCCAGAAUACAAAUUUUGUGCUUGGUUCUAACAGUGCUGGCUAUCCUAGGUUUUGUUCAUAACUUUUAUCAGGUCGAGGUUUUGGAUGCAGACAUGGAGGAAGAGGGUUUUGAACCUGCUGUAGGAGAUGUAGCACUGAACACUCCAACUGCUCUAGGAGAACAGCUUGCUUCAGAACAGGUCAUACAGACUACAACAGAUUUAAAGUGGUUGAUAGAAGACGAUUACCAGCAGCCUUCAUCACAGUGGACUAAAAUACCCAGAAAGUUGUAUUGCGGCUAUGAACAGCAAGUUUUGUCCACAAGAGAACGAGAGGAAGAAGAGGCUUUAUUUGCAUCUUUACAGUGGCCCAAACCUCAUGCGGACAAUAUCCCCUUUGUCAGGAGUACAGACCCGUCCCUUAGCAGCUUUGUAAUACUGAAUCCUCAUAAGCAGUACAAAGUUGGAGAUCAACUGGAGGUACUGGUUCACAUGCAGGAUUAUGAAGGGCGGCCAAAGCAGUACGGUGGAGACUACCUUCAAACAAGAAUCCAUUCUGCUCCUCUUAAAGCUGGGGCCAUUGGAAGAAUUUUAGAUUACCAAAAUGGAACCUACAGGCUUUUUUUCACUUUACUCUGGGCAGGAGAAGUCAUGGUAUCUGUGUCUUUGGUCCACCCAAGUGAAGGGAUCCAAGUCUUGCAACGUUUACGAGAGGAAAAACCAGACAGGGCCUAUUUUAAAAGCCUGUUCAAAUCAGGGAGGAUUUCAGAAGCUACAGAGUGCAAUGUGUGUUUGCAUGGAGAUAUGCCAGUCUGCAACUUUACAGAUCCCUACACAGGGGAGCCAUGGUUUUGCUACAAGCCAAGAAAACUCUCCUGUGCCACCAGAAUCAACCAUUACAAGGGGGGAUAUCAAAAGGGCCUUGUGACCUCAGAGGAGGGUCGACUUUUCCAAAGUGGUGUGAAUAUCAAAGUGCCAAUAUCCUCAAAUGGCCCUGAUACUGUGAUUGUGAGGCCCUUGAAACAUGCAGAGAUGGACAAUCUAGAAAGAUCGCAAAAGCCUGAUAUAUUCCCUUCUGGCCAUUUUUACCAGGAUGAAUGGCAACCAAGAACACAAUGGAUUCGUCAUUUUAACAAGUCAUCAGAGGUCAUUGAAUGUUUACAGGAUAAACUUAUCCACUUGUUUGGGGACUCUACAAUCAGGCAGUGGUUUGAAUAUCUAACAGCAUUUGUUCCAGAUAUCAUGGAAUUAAAUCUCGGGAGCGCUCGAAAGAUUGGUCCUUUCAUGGCUGUUGACCCAAAGCAUAACAUCCUCCUGAAAUUCCGCUGCCAUGGCCCUCCUAUACGGUUUUUCACAGUUUUUAGCAGCGAGCUGCACUACAUUGCCAAUGAGCUCAACCGCAUUGUUGGUGGGAAGAAUACUGUGAUAGCCAUAACUAUCUGGUCUCACUUUAGCACUUUUCCAGUAGAAGUGUAUAUCAGGAGAUUGAGAAACAUUCGCAGGUCAAUCAUCCGACUUUUGGAUCGGAGUCCCAAAACUCAGAUAGUUAUCAAAACUGCCAAUGUCCAAGAGCUUGGGCCAGAGGUGAGCCUUUUCAACAGUGACUGGUAUUCUGUUCAGCUUGACAUAAUCAUGAGGAAAAUGUUCUCAGGAAUUGGAGUACAUUUUGUGGAUGCUUGGGAGAUGUCGCUAGCACAUUAUUUGCCGCACAAACUACACCCAGAUGAUGUCAUUGUCAAAAACCAACUGGAUGCUUUCUUAUCUUUUGUGUGCCCACCUGAAACGCCCUAUAACUUCUUAAGGGGAAUACAUAAUCAAAUGUCAAAUCUUUUUUUGUAGUUCAGUGUCAAAUACAUCUUCUGGAGUUGCUGCUUUAACAUGAGUUACUACUGAUUUUGGUGCCCACAACCUACAUCUAAUCUGCACAGUAUUCAUAUUUCCAGUGUUUGGGGACCAAGUUUUGAAAUCACUUUUGUUCAGACACAAACCACUUUACAAGACAGCUCUAUGUGUAGGUGUCCAAAGUUCCACUUGUCACAAUUAUCAUGGUGGGAGAAGAAAGCUGUUUUCAAAAGGAAAGGGACUACAAAAGUACUGAGGGCCUGAAAGCUUUGUUGUCAGGGCAUUUGGGUUGAAAAGACUGCUGCUGACUCACUGGUUCAUAACUGAAAACAGCCGCCAUCCUGUGCUUAACCCUAUAAGACAGCCUGCCUUGUCUUAUGGAGACCUGGUUAGAAAAUACUGAUGAACGUAUAAGAAUUUCACCCUGGGUUUUCCAUGCAGCGACCAUUUGAAGUUCUACUCUAUGGGAGUGGUACUGGAAAAGGUGGUGGUGGGGGACUUCCUUGCCACCAUUCUGUGCAUGGAUAGUUUUCUCAUACAGUAUUUUCAGGUGGCCAGAGGCUUAUCGUUUCUUGCAGAAGUAGUCAUCUUCUUUUGACUCCUCCCCAUUUUGUUGUGAAAUGACCAGGAUUUAAUUCUCCGUGCUUCUAUAAAACUGAGCUUUGUGGAGUAUCCAGGUGAUAUUUGUCCAGUGAGUGAUUUUUCCCAUUUCACUUGUGGAUCUCUCUAGUUUCUGAAUUCCCACUGGUCUUUUGGUUGCUUUUCUGACUAAAGUUCUCACUGAGUUUGCAUGGGCAGUCUUCUCUAGGCAGAAUCACAGUAGAGCCAUAUUAUUUUCCAUUGUGUAAUAAUAGAUUUAAUAGUGCUCUGUAGCAUGUUCAUAGCAUGGGACAUAUUUUCAGAACCCAACCCCAACUAGAAAUUCUGCAAAGCUUUCUCCUGUGCUUGGUACGAUAGUUCCUUGGUUUUCAUGCCAGAACUUAUUCAGGUGUAUCAGAGCUAAGCAAGGUAAAGAGCUAAAUCCCUAGGCAGCCACCAAGUGCCAGUUGUUCUUGUUUACUGUGCCACAAUAAAAAUAUUUUGUACCUUCACAGUGUUGUUUCGCUGGUGUAAAUCAAUUGGUAACAAUACCACUUACAUCUAUUUCAGUUUUGUAACACUACAGCAUGUGGAAACGUGAGAGUGAAUACUUCUGUGAAGUACUAUAUAUUACACGUUGGUCAACAGGAAGGAAACUGACUGUACAAGAGCCAUUGCUUUCUGCAGACAUGAUGCAGAUAAAAGUACAACUUUAGAUGGUUCAUGGGUAUUUUCUAAAAAAGUUUUUUAAGGAACUUGACUGAGAUUUGACUGAGAGAUGGAACAAUUUAAGGCUAGAUAUAGACUACAAUAGGAACUUGCCUAAGCUAAAUCUAGACAAUUUUGUGUUAGAAGAAUGCCAUGUGAUAGUUUAAGGACAGAUCUACUGAGAGCACACUGAAGGGAUUCCAGUGCACUGAGCUGUUUACUAUGUAUUAUCGAAGCUUAUUGUGUAUAAAGUUAGGCUCAGAACAUGUUAUUGCUGAUGCAUACAUAAACCGAAUUUUGAAUUUUGUUUUUUCCCGAGCUUGAUAUUAUUUCUAUUUGUUGUCGAAGGCUUUCAGGGCUGAAAUCACUGGGUUGCUGUGAGUUUUCUGGGCUGUAUGGCCAUGUUCCAUAAAUAAAUUUCUAUUUAUUUAACACUUUA